AUGCCCGCAGACGAUCCCCAAGUAGCCACCAAGGCACCCGAGAACGAUGCGCAUGAGGACCAGGAGGAGGGACCCGUGAUCGCUGGCGACACUCCCGCUCAGUCGGGGCCCACGAUGGGCGAGCACUGUACCUCCGACCGACCGACUCCCCAAGGUGAGAAGCCGCAAGGCGAAAUCCGCAAGCUUGGUGGCAUCGAUGUCUACGUUACCAAGCCAGCCUCCUACCCGACCUCGCCCGCAAAGCUCCUGCUGCACCUGACGGGCGGCACGGGUCUCAAGUCUAUCAACAACCAGAUCCAGUCCGACCGGUUCGCUUCAGAGGGCUAUAUUGUAGUGAUGCCGGACUUGUUCGAAGGAGAUCCGGCCCCAAACUCCAAAACCUUUGAAGAAUCCUCAUCGGCCGAGGGCCAGACCCAAGAUGGCAGCGGGGGCUCCUCGUUCCUGGACAUGAUCAAACUCAAGGCGGCCGAGACGGCCAAGAGCUUCAUGAUUGACAUGUGGCUUGCACGCCACACCGAAGAAAAGGUCCUUCCCAUUCUCGAAAAGGUUAUUGACGCGGCCAAGGCCGAGUUUGCCGACGCUGUUGCUGCUGGUAACGGGGUUUAUGCUGUCGGCUAUUGUUUUGGUGCUCGCUAUGUCCUCCUCUUGGCUGCCGAGCGUCAGCAGAUCCAGUCGGGUUGGGGCGGUGCCCCCAAGCCAGAAGAUGAGGAGGCCGGGAAGACAAAUUCCAAGGGCCCGUAUAUCAAAGCUGGCGCACUUGCGCAUGCCACGCUGGUCAGUCCAGACGACUUUUUCGGUCUAAAGGUGCCCGUGAGCUUGGUUUGCGUAGAGAACGACCCAAUGUUCCCAGAUGAGGUGAGAAAGGCAGGCGAGGACACCCUGAGCAAGGAAGGCGUCGAGCAUGAGGUUCAGGUCUAUCCAGGCGUGCCCCAUGGCUUCGCAGUGGUCGGUGACUAUGCAGAUGCCCACAUCAAGGAUGCGCAAGUCACGGCUUACGAGCAGAUGUUGAAGUGGAUCAAAGAGCACUAG